AUGGACGCAACACGACUACAAGCCAUUGAAUACAAGCCCCGUGUGUUCAUCAUCACGGAUAUCGGCAACGAACCAGACGAUGCCGAAUCACUCACCAGAUACCUCUUAUACUCCAAUGAAUUCGAUACCAAAGGCGUCGUCGCAUGCACAUCCUGCUGGAUGAAAUCCCGGGUUCAACCGGAAUUAAUCGAGAAGAUCGUACACGCAUAUGCAAAUGUCAGGGACAAUCUGAACGCUCACGUUCAUCCGUCGAACCCGUACCCAACAGCCCAUAAUUUGCUAUCUGUUGUCCGGGCAGGGCCUGCGGUUUAUGGUCGCGAGGCGCUAAAGCAGCCCCUUAGCCCAGGUGCCGAGUUGUUAGUUCAACAAUUGAAGGAGAGCUCGGAAGGGGAGCCACUUUGGAUCCUAUGCUGGGGAGGCACAAAUGUGCUUGCGCAGGCUUUGCAGUAUAUCCACCAGACAAUGGACGCAACGGAAAGCGCAAAGUUGAGAUCCCGGCUGAGGGUUUAUGCAAUUUCCGAUCAGGAUGAUACCGGGUUAUGGAUUCGAGUGUCGUGGCCAGAUAUAUUCUAUAUCUGCUCUGUCCAUGCCUGGAAGGACUAUAAUCAGGCCACCUGGAUUGGCAUUUCCGGGGACAGACUCUCUCAUUUUGAUGAGGGCGGGCCGGAUUUUACCAAAGUGAGCAAAGAGUGGUUGAAGGAGAACAUCCAAGUUGGCGACUUUGGUGGUGAGGUCUAUCCCGACUACUCGUUUGCAAUGGAAGGCGAUACACCGACGUUUCUCUACUUGAUCCAGAAUGGGCUGGGAUCUCCUGAGCAUCCGGAAUGGGGUAGCUGGGGAGGCCGAUAUGCAUUGAUCGAUCUUGGGGGAGCGACGCGGCACUAUGCAGAUACGCACGAUACAGUAGUUGGUAAGGAUGGGAGACAGCACCACAGUAAUCAGUCCACAAUCUGGCGCUGGCGAGACCAAUUCCAGGAUGACUUUGCUGCUCGCAUGAGGUGGACUUUAUCUGCUGAUUUGUCGAGCGCGAACCAUGCUCCGGUCGUGAUUGUGAACAACAUCGCCUCAGGAGUCAAACCGAUUGAGCUCGACGUUCCUGCCGGCUCUGAAAUCGUUCUUGAUGCCUCACAGAGCUAUGAUCCGGACGGCGACGAACUCUCGUUUACCUGGAUAUUUUACAAGGAGGCUACUUCUGCUCACGCCACGAUACAAUGGAUAGUUCCAGAUCUGGAGUGGGAGACUCUACCGAACAGUCCAAAUGGAAGUACUAUACGUGUGAAGAUGCCGCCGCCGGAAAAGUGCACCGUUGACCUUAUUAAUGGCCAGGCGUUAGAAAAGGGUCAAGCAUUUCAUUUGAUUCUGCAGGUUCGAGAUAGUGGCACACCCAGGAUGACAAGCUAUAAGCGGAUUAUUCUUCAGUCGACUAAUCUGCAGCUGCUGGGAGGAACCGGAAAGAGGUUUGAUACGUUUACUGAUGUGUUGCAUUCGGGUUUAUUAGGUGACGUUCUACAUUAA